AUGGCAAAGCGCAAGGCAUCGGCGGCAGUGGAGGGCGGCCAGCAGCAAGCCGCCAAGCAGCAGCGCAAGCAGCGGAAACAGCAGGUAGAUGCGGUGGAGGGCGAUGGACCUUCCUCAAGCGGCGCGGUGGUGAUAGCCGGCACGGCAGGCGGCUGGAAGAACAAGGAAAAGGUGCUGCUCCUCAGCUCGCGGGGCAUCACAUACCGCUUCCGCCACCUCAUGCUGGACCUGGGGCAGCUGCUCCCGCACGGCAAGCGGGACGCCAAGCUGGACACCAAAAGCGAGCGGGGGGUGAUCAACGAGGUAGCCGACAUGAAGGGCUGUACCUCGGUGCUGUACUUUGAGGCACGCAAGCACAAGGACCUGUACCUCUGGCUGGCCAAGGCGCCGGGGGGUCCCUCCGCCAAGUUCCACGUCACCAACGUGCACACGCUGGAGGAGCUGAAGCUGAGCGGCAACCACCUCCAGGGGUCCCGCCCCGUGCUGUCCUUUGACAAGAACUUUGACGAGCAGCCGCACCUGCAGGUGCUCAAGGAGAUGCUGACGCAGGUGGGCCCCCGCGCCUGCCUCAACCCCAUCAAGAUGUUUGCCGGCUCGUUUGGGGGCCCGGUCAUCUACGAGAACCCGGGAUACGUGUCGCCCAACACGAUCCGCGCCAUGCUCAAGCGGCAGCAGCAGGGCAAGUAUGUGUCCAAAGUGCAGAGCCGCGAGGGGCGCAAGGCGCACGUGGCGGCGCACCCCCUGCCGCGGGACGAGCUGGGGGAUGUGUUCAAGUAG